CGCCAUCAUCCCUACCCCUAACUAAACAACAGUUCAAGAGAGACGCACAAGUCGGGGUAGGAAUAGGCUAGCGCCUUUCCUUCAAUAGACCUUCUCCUUCAAUCUUCGAUCAGUCCACACUCGGUGCUGUGCUCGUGAAGUCGUGCUCUCCUCCGUCGUCGAUCAGUCGAGCCCAGACAUUCUCUUUCGUCUUCUCCGCGGCGCCCAAACUCAGCUCGUGAAGUCUUGUUCUGCUCCCAGUCGUCGGCUUGUCGCUUAGCUCCCCUUUAGACUUUCCGCGAGUGCUCACCGUCGAUCGCUUGUGCUCUUUCUCCUCGUCCUCGUCCAGACGUUCUGCUCGUGUUCAGAUGAAGGUGAAGAAGCAGAAGAGGCACAGGAAGAUUCUCACAUUUUACACUUCUUGCUUUGAUUUUCGGAAGCCUUUCAAGGUUUUGUGUGAUGGAAAUUUUGUACACCACCUUCUUCAGAAUAAGAUAACUCCUGCUGAUAAGUCUCUUGCUAAUAUUCUAAAUUCUGAUGUCCAGCUCUUCACAACCAGAUGUGUUUUAGAGGAGUUGAAACGACUUGGUCGCUCAUUUACUGGGUCACUUGAGGCAGCUCGUCAACUUAAAAUUGCCAGAUGUGAGCACGAAAAAUGUGAGCAUGCUGCUAAAUGCAUAAUGGAGGUUAUUGGAGAAAACAAUUUAGGGCACUUUUUUGUUUGCAGUCAAGAUAUCGAACUGCGGAGACAGUUGCAACAGGUACCCGGUGUGCCUCUCAUAUACGGUCUCAGAAAUGCUCUUUUUCUCGAACCUGUAUCUGCAUUUCAAAGAGAAUAUGUUAAAACUUCAGAAGAAGCGAGAUCACAUAUAACUGACAUAGAGUAUCAAAUGCUCAAGAAUAAAUUACAAAAUACAUCAAAUGGUGAAGAAGCUGCAAAUUCUGCGGAUGAGGAAAAUGAUUUAGGGGAUCAAACUGAAGAUGUAAAGGCAGUGAAAAAGAAUCCUAGUGCAAGGAACGAAAUGGGCAUUAAGGAUAGACCUCAGUUCAAGAGGAAGAAAGCAAAGGGUCCAAACCCAUUAUCAUGCAAAAAGAAAAAGAAUAGUAAUGAAAACCAUAAGGUUGGUUUAUUGAAGUACACAAGAACAGGGUACAAGGUUUGUGCGUCAAUUUCAACUGAAGCUGAGAGAUUCCCCCCCCCCCCCGGGCGCAGAUAAGGAUUUAGUUAGUCAGGAAAUUGGUGCAGAGGCAUGUUUUAACAAGUGUAGUGAGUGUUACUAUUUAAUUUAACAAAUAUGUUAGUAUAUAUAGAAAAUAGUGUCAAUCUUGUAUGUUUCAUGAAAUUUGAGAAAUGUGUUGUUUUGUUUACAGCUCACGUAGAACUUUUUAGGGCCUGUUCUCUUGCUGAAAAGGAAUGGAAUGGAAUGGGUAGGAGAAAAAAAAAAGGAAAAAUAAAAAUGAAGUAAACUAUCUAAUUCUUCAUGGUAAUCAUGAAAAAUCUCAAUACCACAUAUUUCAAAUAUAGGAAUCACCACACCUAUUACAAACCUUAAUUAUCACAAUUCUCAAUCUCAUGAAUUAAAUUACUUAUCAUCCUCAUAAACAUGAUUGACUUAUCUCUUCUUCACUUCUUGAUUAUUAUAUUUUUAUUUUUAUUCUUUGAUCCAUUCAAUUCUUUUCUAGCAAGCAAACAAGCCUUUAGGGUUUUUAUAUUAUAGGGAAAAUUAGUCAUUUAGUUUUUAUAGUUUAAAUUUAGUCCUUGAAUUUUGACUUUGUUGACUUGAUUAAAACUCAAUCCCAAUGAUUUUAUCUAUUUAAAAUGUUGUUCCAUACAUUUCAGAAAAUAAAAUUAUAAAGUUAUUAUUAAAGCUUAGGAACUAAUGUUUCAAAUGGCUAAGACUAAGUUGCAAUGAAUGAAAGUUCAAGACUAAAUUACAAUUGAGAAUCAAAUUAUAGCAAUGGUGUUGUUUCGAGUUAAAGUUUAGGAAUUGAAUUAUAAUUAAGUAAAAAAAAUUUCGAGAUCUAAUGAUUUUUCCUAUAUUAUAUAUAUAGUAUAUAGAACAUUCUUGCAUGCAACAUGGAGUUUGAGAAAUGAGCCACGCUAUUCGUAACUCAUGAAUGUUGGAGUAUGUCUGAGUUUUUAUGUCAUGAACUUCAUGUUAGAGUUGUAUUUGUUAAAAACAAAUUAGAUGAUUGGGUUGAUAUAUGUUUCUUGAGCGUUUCUUAAGGGAUGUUGUG